AUGGCUUGGCUACAUCGGCGUCGCUUCGCGGAAGCUCGGAGAAGACAUCCGCUACAGUGUCACGAGUCCUUGGAGUCUCUGCUCCAGGCCAAGGAGCUUUCCCUGACCGUGGCAGCUCGGCUUGGACUGUCGGGUUCGGCUACUGCCAGUGCGGCGUCGCGGGCGUUGCGCGGCUCCUUGGCGGCCGUCGGGCCGGAACUGGUGGCAAUGUUUCCGCUUCACCUCUAUGCCAUUGGAGGGGAGGCAGGCGGCGAUGCCCUGGCAUCCGUCGAGCGGCUUGACGUUCGUGAGAACAGAUGGGUGCAGAGCGCGCCCUUGCGCAGCCCCAGGAGCGGCUGCGCUGCCGUAGCGCUGUCGGGGCACAUCUACGCGGUGGGUGGCUGUGGGGUUGACGGGGAAGAUCUGCGUUCGGUGGAGAGGUUCAGCUUGUGGGACUCGGAGUGGGAGGAGGUGCCCGCGAUGUCCACUGGCCGUGACGAGCUAGCCGCAGCAGCUUGUGGUGGCUGCCUCUAUGCCAUGGGCGGCAGCCACCUCGUUUGGCCGGUGCGCCACGUCCUGGACUCCGCGGAGCAGUUCGACCCUCGGAGCCACUCCGCGGGCAGCUGGCAGGCCCUUCCUCGGCUCAGCCGCGAGCGCUGCGCGGCUGCGGCGGUGGCAGUGCGGCGGCGGCUCCUGGUGCUCGGCGGCUGUGAUGAGGACGGCGUGGCGCUUUGUUCAGCGGAGUCCUUUGACCCGACGGCCGGGCGCUGGGUGCCCUUACCACCGAUGAAACGGCCACGGUGCAACUUCGCUGCCGCUGCAGCCGGGGGUCGCGUGCUGGUGGCCGGAGGCUACGAUGACAACACGCGAGAUGUGGACACGGUGGAGCACCUGGAUCCCUGGCAGAGCAUCGGCUGGGAGUCCGUCGCCCGCCUUCCAGUUCCCCGCUGGGGUGUCCGUGCUGCAAGUAGUGCUGGAACCAUCUUCAUCGUGGGCGGGAAGGUCAACGAGUAUGAGGUGGGAGAUACCCAGUGUAUGGACCAUGCAUCGGGCAGCUGGGUGAGCUAUGCGCAGCUCCUGCAGCCGCGACGGUCCUUCGGCUUGGCCGCUGUGAGUGGAUUCGGAUGA